AUGAAGGAGUCGCUCGUGCUUGUGGCCCUUUUUGGGACAAUGGGCUACGCCCUGGCUGGAAUAACUCUCGCUGAUGUGCGGGCAGCAGAGUGGGACUCUUACAAAUUGGAAUUCAACAAGAAUUACGAAGACGAGUCGGAGGAUCGUCUGCGUAUGCAGGUAUUCCAGGCCAACAAGCAGAUUAUUGAUGCACACAAUGAACGCUGGGCCGCAGGCGAGGAGAGCUACGAGAUGGGAGUCAAUCACUUUACUGAUUUGCUAGAAAAAGAGUUUGAUGAGCUAAUUACUGGCAAUGACGGCAGCCGCGAUGAUGAGGAAGCGGACGAAGACACCUCCGAUGUGGAGCUCAACUCCGAGCCGCACCCAUAUGACGUCGACUGGCGGAAAUUGGGCGCAGUCACUCCUGUGCAGCACCAGGGCCACUUUAACAACUCGUGGGCUUUUGCGGCAGCCGGUGCCGUGGAAAGCAGAAAAUUUGUGGCCUCUGGAAGAUUGGUGAAAUUGUCGAAGCAGAACCUGGUCGACUGCUGCCGCACCAAACACAAGCGCACAUUCAAUGCGCUAAAGUGCAUUAAGAGGAAGCGCGGCAUUGAUACGGAGGCAUCCUAUCCUUACCGAGGCCCGGCUGGCCGUUGCCGUUUCAAAAAGAAGCUCGUCGGUGCGAAAAUUCGCAGGCACCUGCAGAGCCCUCUGGGCAAUGAGUUGGCCCUGGCCCACAAUGUCGCCGCCGGUCCGGUUGCCGCUGUGAUUUCUCGGGAUGCGCUACGGUUCUAUAAGAGCGGCGUUUACCACAACACGAGUUGCAGCAAGGCCCCAGACUAUGCUGUGCUCAUUGUCGGCUAUGGGCAUUGUGAAAACUAUGGAGACUAUUGGCUACUGAAAACCUCACUGGGCGCUACUUGGGGAGAACAGGGCUAUCUGAGGCUGGCGCGCAAUCGGCAUAAUAUCUGCGGUAUUGCAAGCAGGGCUUACUAUCCAGUUAUAAAGUGCACUGAAAUCAAAAUGAAGGCAGCGUUUGUGAUUGUAGCUCUUCUGGGAGUUGCUGCAUGCACACUGGGCGGGGCAACCUACUCCGAGCAACCGAAUAGGGAGUGGGACGACUUUAAAUUCCAGUUUGAUAAGAUCUAUGGCGACGAGUCGGAGGAGCAGCUGCGCAUGCUGAUCUUUCAGGAUAAUAAUAAAAUUAUUGACGCACACAACGAGCGUUGGGCCGCAGGCGAGGAGAGCUACGAGAUGGGUGUGAAUCAGUUCACCGAUAUGUUGCCCUCGGAGAUCAGCAAGGGUUUUGCAAACAACGAUGAUGAGCACCCUAUUGAAGACCUAGAGCCUGAGCCCAAUGACUAUUUGAACGAAGUUGGGGACCUUGAUCUCGACAUGCCCGUAAAAGUCAACUGGACGCAAUUGGGGGCCGUCACUCCUGUUAUGAACCAGGGACAUUUCAACAACUCGUGGGCCUUCGCUGCGGCUGGAGUUGUGGAGAGUCAUCAGUUCAUUAAAUCUGGAAGAUUGGUUGCCCUUUCUAAACAGAAUCUCGUUGACUGCUGCGGCAAACAUAACAAACUGACGGUGAACGCUCUGAUAUGCAUCAAGAGGAUGCGAGGCAUUGACACUGAGGCUUCUUAUCCGUACCGAGGCAUCACAGGAAAGUGUCAAUUCCAACGGAAACUUAUUGGAGCCAAAGUCAAAAAGAUUAUCCAAGUUCGGCCCGGCAAUGAAAACGAAUUGGCCUACAACGUGGCCAAAGGCCCGAUUGCUGCCGUCAUUCCUCAGGCUGCAAUUAUUAACUACAAGAGCGGCGUGUUCCAUAAUUCCCAUUGUGGCCAGAGUCCAGAUUUUGCUGUGCUUAUUGUCGGCUUUGGCACUUGCAAGAACUUCGGCGACUAUUGGAUUAUCAAGACCUCAUUGGGCUCUACUUGGGGAGAGAAGGGCUACAUGAGACUGGCACGCAACAAGCAGAAUCUUUGCGGCAUUACCAACAGAGCUUACUAUCCCGCGCUUUACUAGACGCUUUUCUCCAUUAUGACCACAUUUGUUUUUAUCUUUUCAAUAUUUCUUACAGUAAAUAAUAAUCAAUAAAAAAA